AUGCGUAGGGAAAUAUGUGUUCCCAUUGUUACAAUGUGAAUGCUAUUUAUACAACCGCUUUACAGUAAUUUUCGCGUUUUGUAUUACAAAAGCGAACGCUAGGCAGAUAACUCAACCUGAUCGAAUUUAUGUGUAAACCUGUGCAGACGAAAGUGCAUUCGUGUAUAAUUUAUGGGAGAUAGAUUAUGAAAAUAGUACCAGGAAGUAAUGUAAUUAAGUGACUGUCACGGGUUAAAAUCAAAAGAGUAAUUCACCAUGACGUUCCAGUAUAAUUUUGGUCACAAAUACAGAGGUCGUGCCUUAAUCAUCGGCAAUCAGUUUAUUGAAAAGGGUGCGAAUGGCAAAGACCUCAUCGGGAGAAGGGGAUGCAAGGAAGACUGGAAGAUGAUGGAAGAACUGUUCAUACGGCUUGACUUCAAAGUGACCAUUCUUAAGAACUUGAAAGCUGUUGACAUGAUAAGUGAACUGCAGAAAGCUGCCAGCUCAGCAGAAAACAAAGACUCUGACUGUUUCGUGCUCGUAAUAAGUACACAUGGUGAAGAAAUCAGGGUAGAUAAGGGAACAGGUUUGUGCCCUGCGGCGGAAGUUUGGAAACACGCUGUAUUGGCAGAAGACGCUGAUUUGAAGAAAGGCACAGGAAAAAUCUUCGUGGAAGAUAUUGUUGACAUGUUUAGUGACGACAAAGCCCCUGGGUUGGCUGCGAAGCCGAAAUUAUUUUUCAUCCAGGCGUGCAGAUCGAGAGGGUCUCGGAACAAACUCAUCAGCAUUAGUCACCCCAAGUACGACCAAGGUCACCAAAUCAGUGUUGAAAAAGAGAAAAAAAGCGUCACUGUCAAACUUAAAGAAAUCAAACGCUACGUCACGUGCAAGUUGCGCAGGAAGAAAAAGACGCAGCAGAAACACUGGAUCUAUGCAGACGUUGACGUCACUAACGAGUAUAAAGACUUAGAUAAAGACUGGAAAGACCCGGAUGAGUUGAAAGGCAAGGAUGACAAAUCCGCCGUUGAGACAAGAAAUGGAAACAAUGCAGAUAGUGACAUAGGAGGUUAUUCAACAGAUGAAUAUAGUGAGGACGAUGAUGGCACUACUGAUGACAAUGAUGAAGAUACCUCUGAUGAUGAAGAUGCUUUGAAAGUGGAACAGACAACAAAUACUUCGAAAGAAACUUCGGAAGAAGAUGCUUCUGCUUCUGCAGGGAGAGGAAGUGAACCUCUUCCUCAGUCUUCGGCUGCACAGAUGCCUACCACGCCAUUUGAUGUUGUCCCAAUAAAUUGUCCCAAAGAUUUUCUUAUCAUGUAUCCAGUCAUGCCAGGAAAAGUAGCCUUUAGGGCUCCUUCAGGAUCCUACCUACUGAAGUAUUUGCAUAAAGGUGAAAAUAUGUCCCAGCUGAUCAACGGCAACAACAUACUACAGUACCUUACUAGUGUUAGCCGGGACAUGGCGAGGUACGAGUUUCUUCCAGACUUGAUAAUGAAGUCUGAAUCACAAGAAUAUAAAAUGAAGAAAUUAAGAGGCUGGAUGGAGAGUAAUAUUAAACCUUUGAGCAGAAACAAAGAACUGCUAACAGAAGUGUUGGGAGAGGAACAUAAAAAACAUAUUCAAGGGGAUGAAAGUUUGGUAGCAAAGUAUCUUAAGGAUAAUAUUGAAAAAUUCACGAAGAAGGAAAUGCGACAAAUUCUAAGACGCAUUUUGCCUUUUAAGAUGACGGCAUGCUUGGUUCAUAGGCUUCGAGGUGAUGUCCGUUUUAUUCCAAAACCUGGGACAAGCCCUAUGAGAAAAGUUGUAGAUGUUUAUAACAUCAAGCACUAACCAGUCAAAUGUUAGUGACUGGAAACGAUCUGUCGUCUGUCAGUAUAAGACUUUGAAGCGGACAAGGUCGGUCGUAUAUAUUCAUAAAUACAUUCGAUGUUAAUAAAAAGUAUUUUGUUAUCGUUUCUAUGCCAUAUAUUUUCGUUGAUGAUAAAUAUUAAAAAAUACUUGUAGCUGGAUUGUGUACACACUAUUCCUAAUUACACAUCUAACGCUUAUGUGACAUCUGCUAUUUAAAAUAAUAUCUAAAUGAAUGUGUAGUUUCACGUAAAAUAAGACAGAAAGGUAUUAUAGUCAAAUUAACAGUUUAUCGUGUGGUUGUUUUUAGACUAAAAUGUAGAAAUACAGGAUUUAUUUUGUUUCAGUGUAGCUACGAAAUGUAUUUCAUUGCAUUUAAAUAUACCGAUGGUACAUAUGUUCACAUGAAAAUGUAAAAUCAGAUGUUCAGGAAAAUAAAAUGAUUUUGAAGAAG